AUGUCCUCGUACAAAAUUGGCCAAAUUGAUGUACUUCAUCAAGACAAUAUAAGGCCUACUCAUGGAGAACCUCGAUCUCCUUCGCGCACCAUCCUCAAACCAGGACACAGGCGAACUGAGAAGAACCGUCCUAUUUUAGUCGAAACAAUUCUCGAGAGUGACCAAAUCCUCACCAUGCGUGAUGGAGUGACCCUCCGUGCGGAUGUGUUUCGCCCUGUCACCGACGAGAGAGUACCAGCCAUCAUCAUGUAUGGCCCCUAUGGUAAAUCUGGAUCAGGAUGGUUUAACAUAGACAAAUUUCCUUUCCGUGUUGGUAUACCUGAGUCGAAGUUGUCUGGCUAUGAAAAUUUCGAAGGCCUCGACCCUGCCGAAUGGGUACCGAAGCAAUAUGCCAUUGUCAACGUUGACGCCAGAGGUAUCAAUGAUUCCGAAGGAAAUGAGGUUGCUAAACUCCCGUGGUGCUCGGGAAAGGUCUCAAUGGCCGGAAACUCUUGGCUAGCGGCUUGUCAGUGGUACACAGCAGCUCAAAAGCCACCUCACCUGGCCUGCAUUGCUCCCAUGGAAGGCAUCAGUGAUCCCUUCAGAGAGCAUAUUUACCGCGGUGGAAUUCUGAACACGCGAUUCGCAACUCCUUUGUCGGCAUCGUUUAUCGGGAGGGGACAAAGAGAUGAUAUGCCAGCAAUGGCAGCUAAGUAUCCAGAUAAUAACGAGUAUUGGGACGACAAACGCGCAAAUAUGGAGGAAAUAAAGGUGCCUAGCUACAUUGUCGCAAGCUAUUCAACGGGCCUACACACUAUUGGUUCUUUCCGCGGGUUUGAAGAAAUGGCAUCCAAGGAUAAAUGGAUAUCCGUCCACGCGACGCAAGAGUGGUACGACCUCUACAGCAAGGAGCGCACAGAUGACCUUCAGAAAUUUAUGAAUCGAUAUUUAAAGGGAAUUGAGAACGGCUGGGAGCAAACGCCUCGUGUCCGAUACGCCUUUAUUAGGUUCAACGAAGACGCCGAAGUCAAUGUGCCAUUCGCUGACCUUCCAUGGAACCUUUCCAGCGCAAGGGAACAACGCCUUUUCCUAUCAGCUGAUCGAAAACUAUUACCGACGAAGGCGUCUGAACCGGGUCAGGUUAGCUAUCAAGCAGACGCUCCAUCCAAGUUGAUGGGACCCGACCCUAAUGAUCCAUUUUUCUCCUAUACUUUUCCUCAACAAACCAGGCUCGCAGGACCGGCCACAGCUAUCCUCUACGUCUCUUCUCCAAGUGGUAAUGACAUGGAUGUACAUGUUCAGCUGCGCAAAGCGGAUAAAAACGGAGAACUGCUAACCUACGCCAACAUUCCGUUGAAGGACAUUGGGGUUUCCACAGUCUCGGAGGUGCCAAAUACUAACGUGAUGAAGUAUUUGGGGCCUACAGGAAUGCUUCGUGCAUCGAGACGUCACGUUUCUGAAGCUCUGUCUAGCAGGAGUAAAUCCUGGAAAACCCUGUCUCACAGCCAGGUCGAGCCAGUUGAACCUGGCGAUAUUAUCCGGCUCGAGAUACAAUUGUGGCCAACUGGGCUGAUAUUUGAUGCCGGGGAGAGGCUAUUGCUCUAUGUAUCAGGCCAUUAUAUGACGCUUCCCGAGUUCGAAACGAUGCCGCCCUACGAAAAUCAUAACCGGGGUCAUCACAUCAUUCAUGUUGGGGGGGAAUAUGACAGUUCUUUGAUGUUUUACCAGGUUUAG